AUGAGAAGAACAAGUCGGUGGUUCAAUGGGCCGGAUUUUUUACAAAACCCUGAGGAAGAAUGGCCGGUUAAACUACACAUCGAAAGCUCUACCACAGAAGAAUUACGUCCACAUCUACUCAUCCACAUGAAAUUCUUGGAGUCAAUCAUCGAUUACAAAAAAGUGUCUAACUGGAUUCCGCUUCUUCGUCGUACCGCAUACGUGUUCCGGUUCAUUGAGAAUACCAGGCCUUCGACACCCCGGAAAAGGAUCAUUGGAUCGUUGACAACUUGUGAACUAAAAACGGCUGAAAAUUAUUUGUACCGGAUCGCGCAAAGAGGAUCCUACUCCGAUGAGGUUGCAGUGUUAUCGAAAGGGCAAGGAAACGAAAACUCAACAGUCACGAUACCCAGGAACAGUCCAAUUUAUCAUCUAGGUCCAGUCCUCGAUGAAAAUGGUGUACUUCGCGUUCAUGGCAGAACAAAGGCUUGUCCGUUUAUACAUCCAGAUGCAGUUAAUCCGAUUAUACUUCCACGUGAUCACCACAUCACACAACUCAUCGUAGCUCAUUACCACGGCAAGUACCAUCAUCAAAACCACAACACAGUUGUUAAUGAGUUGCGGCAACGGUACAGUAUUCCUCGUCUGAAGGCUACCUACAAUAGAGUUCGCCAAUUCUGCCAGCAAUGUAAGAACGACCGGGCACGCCCCCAACCACCAGCUAUGGGUGACCUGCUCUUACCGCGUAUGGCUGCAUAUGCUCGUCCGUUUACUUAUAUGGGGGUGAACUAUUUUGGACCAAUUAUGAUCAUCCUUGGACGCCGUCUCGAAAAACGUUGGGUGCUUCUUGCCACCUGCUUGACCACUCGUGCCAUCCACUUGCAAAUCGUUCACACCGAUUCAUGUAUAAUGGCACUAAGAAACGUCAUGGCUAGGAGGGGUGUACCAGCAGUCAUAUACAGUGACAGAGGUACGAACUUUCAAGGAGCAAGCAAAGAACUCAAUGUAGCUAUGGCAAGUUUGGAUCAUCAACGGAUGGCAAAAGAGUUCACUUCCUCCCAUACAUCUUGGAGCUUCAUCCCUCCUGCCUCCCCACACAUGGGAGGGGCAUGGGAGCGUCUCGUAAGAACCGUCAAGCAGAACCUUGUGAAACUUAAAUCGAACCGAACGCUAUCCCAUGAAGUUCUUGAAAACCUGCUAGCGGAGAUCGAGAAUAUCGUUAACUCUCGCCCGUUAACCUGCAUCCCUGUUGAUGACGACCAGUCACCUGUACUAACUCCCAACCAUUUUCUUCUGGGAUCAAGUAAUGGAUUGAGACCCUGGGUUCCUUUUGACGAUAACUCGCAAGUGCUGAAGAAUUGCUGGAAGCUGUCGCAAACUUUAGCCAACCAAUUUUGGAAACAGUGGCUCCGAGAUUAUCUCCCGUAUAUCACUCGUAGAACCAAAUGGUUAACGGAAACGAAGCCCAUAGGUAUCAAUGACAUAGUGAUUAUAGUAGAUCCGAAUUCUCCACGAAACACUUGGCUUAAAGGCCGAGUAAUUGGAACCAAGCAGGGCUCGGACGGACAGGUCCGCAGUGCUACGGUACAAACUCCGUGGGGCAUCUACGAGCGACCAGCUGUGAAACUUGCCGUGCUUGACGUAGGCGUCUGUAUCAAUGCAACACCUAGUAAUUGCAUUCCGAGGGGGAGUGUUGGUUACGCUACGUCUUCACCCGUUGAACCCGAAUACCCCAGUGUAACCGAUACUGAACCGAUGCCACACCUGCCACCUUCUGAGGGGAUUGACAACGCUACUUCUGCAAAACAGCAUCUACACAGCAAGAACAGGACAAUGAACAACAAUAGAUCUACGAUUGCCACUAUUGCGCGCUAG